CUUUGAAAACUGUCAUUAGCAAUCGUACUGCUGUUUAUUGCUUGUUGAUUCAUAGAUUUUUGUGUUAUUUUAGUAGCAAAAUAAAUUCCAACACGGUUGCAUUUUUGUGUUCAAUCUCUCAUUAUUACGUUGUUAGUGUAGUUACGAGUCCAAAAGGCACAAAUAAUGGAUUCGUCAAAAAUAGUGGCGACUUUGGUUCUGGCGUUUGCUUUAUUCAAUACAUGUUCCGCCAUGGAGUGCUACGUGUGCUCGAACCAGACGGGUAACAGGGAAAAGUGCCUCAAUACCAUCAAGACGUGCAACCAGGGCGAGGAGGCUUGUCUGACGGAGAUCCGGUGGGGCAGUACGCCGUACUUUUCCCUCGGGGCGCUGAACCAGUUCUACGUCUCGAAGCGAUGUGCCUCCAAGGAUGUUUGUGAAAAGACCCGCCGGAAGUAUAUGCCCUACUGUUCGCACAUAUGGUACAACGACUGGACCUGCUCGGAGUGUUGCCUGGGGGAACGGUGCAACUACUAUGUGAUUAGCGGAGCUCCACCACAAACCAUGUCGCUGGCAGCAUUCCUAGGAACGAUGCUAAGUCUUUUGGUGGCCAGAUAUUUGUACAAUAUCUAAUCGA